AUGGCUGCUCACCUGUCGUACGGGAGAGUAAAUCUAAACAUUUUGAGAGAAGCGGCACGAAAAGAGCUGCGAGAGUUUUUGGACAAAUGCGCGGGAAGCAAGGCCAUAGUUUGGGAUGAAUACCUGACGGGACCCUUUGGACUGAUAGCACAGUACUCUUUACUGAAGGAACAUGAAGUGGAAAAGAUGUUUACUCUCAAGAGUGGCCGGCUCCCACCUGCUGAUGUCAAAAAUAUUAUCUUCUUUGUUCGUCCCAGACUGGAGCUUAUGGAUAUAAUCGCUGAGAAUGUAUUCAGUGAGGAUAAGAUGCAUUCAUCACGCGACUUCCACAUUCUGUUUGUGCCUCGGAGGAGUAUGCUGUGUGAACAGCGGCUGAAGGAGCAGGGCGUGCUGGGCUCUUUCAUCAACAUUGAUGAGUAUAUCCUGGAUUUGAUUCCCUAUGAUGGUGACCUGCUGUCCAUGGAGUAUGAAAGUGCCUUCAGGGAGUGCUACUUGGAAAAUGACCAAACAAGCCUUUACCACACAGCCAAAGGCCUCAUGACCUUACAGGCGCUGUAUGGCACCAUUCCACAGAUUUAUGGGAAAGGAGAAUGUGCACGACACGUUGCCAACAUGAUGCUGAGGAUGAAGAGGGAGUUUGCUGGUAGUCAGAAUCAGAUUCUGCCAGUGUUUGACACCCUGCUCCUCCUGGACCGAAACGUUGACCUGCUCACCCCUCUGGCCACACAGCUCACCUAUGAAGGUCUCAUUGAUGAGAUCUAUGGAAUCAAUAAUGGUUAUGUCAAAUUGCCUCCUGAGAAGUUUGCGCAGAAGAAACAAGGUGAGGCGAGUAAAGAUUUACCCACAGAGGCCAAGAAGUUACAGCUCAACUCGGCAGAGGAACUGUAUGCAGAAAUCCGGGACAAGAAUUUCAAUGCGGUUGGAGCAGCACUCAGCAAGAAGGCCAAAAUCAUUUCUGCUGCUUUUGAGGAACGUCAUAAUGCCAAAACAGUAGGAGAAAUAAAGCAGUUUGUGUCUCAGUUGCCGCACAUGCAGGCCGCACGGAGCUCGCUGGCCAAUCACACGUCUAUAGCAGAACUCAUCAAGGACAUCACCACAUCCGAGGCCUUCUUUGAUAACCUAACAGUGGAGCAGGAGUUUAUGACUGGAGUCGACACUGACAAGGUGAACACUUACAUUGAAGACUGCAUCGCCCAAAAAGACCCACUGAUCAAGAUUUUACGUUUGGUGUGCAUGCAGUCUGUCUGCAACAACGGCCUCAAGCAGAAAGUGUUUGACUACUACAAGAGAGAGAUUCUCCAGACCUAUGGUUACGAACACAUAUUAACACUGAGCAACCUAGAGAAGGCGGGUCUUUUGAAGCCACAGACAGGCUCGAGGAAUAACUACCCUACCAUAAGAAAAACCCUUAAACUGUGGAUGGAGGAUGCUAAUGAACAGAACCCCAAUGACAUCUCGUAUGUGUACAGCGGCUACGCUCCACUAAGCAUCCGACUGACCCAGGUCCUGGCCAGGCCGGGCUGGCGUAGCAUUGAAGAGGUGUUGAAGAUGCUCCCGGGUCCACACUUUGAGGAGAGACAACAGCUACCUGCUGGACUCCACAAGAAACGCCAGCAAGGGGAGAAUCGGACCACGCUGGUGUUUUUCCUGGGAGGAGUGACAUAUGCAGAGAUAGCCGCUCUUCGUUUCCUCUCUCAAAUGGAAGACAGCGGGAUGGAGUACAUUAUAGCCACAACCAAACUCAUAAACGGUACAACUUGGAUCAAAUCCCUCAUGGACAGGCCUGAAGCUCAGGCGCCCUGAGUCACCUGCACGUGCACCUGGACAUAUCAAAUGCCCCGUCGAUCAGAAAACACCACCUGCUGUUUUUAUGUCCAUAUCAGUUUGCUGCAGGUGUCUCAUUGAUGCCUGUGCUGGUGAGACAGCAGCUGGUCUUUAAGUGUUUUUUUUGAUUUGCACUCAGACAACACAACGUAAAGCUGACUGAAUGCUACUGUUUAUUGUUUAUGCUUUUGUCCUCAGGUUACAUUUCCAUCACUGAGGUCAUAACUCUAUUAUGGAGCUACUGUAUAUAUGUAUGUAUGAUUAAACGCUUCGAGAUGUCAUGAUCCAACGUGUAAAGAUGCACUUUGAUUUGGAUUUUUGUAGUCCAUUGUUGAACACUUCUCUGCUUUGUUUGUGUCUCUUCUCCCAGGUAAAAGUAAGAAAAUAAAGUCUUAACAAA